ACGCAUUAUUAUAGAUCGACACGAUCAUUUCUAGCCGGCGUUGUUGCGCGAUGCAUUUCAGUACUCGUUUGACGUUUUUUAUUUAUUUGUCGGUUUUGUCGACAUGUACGGCGUUUUCCGACGAACCCGCGAAUUCCGGUCGUGGCGGUCACCAGCGAAACGUUUCUCGUUACAUCCCAGGGGAUUUUGAACGUUCUUCGCCCGAUCCAACGGCGAAUUCCAAAGAUUUCAGUAAUAUCAAUAGUAAUUUUCAUCAUAAUAGUAGCGUUUCCAUGAUCAUCAACAGUACGGACAACCAUCACCGGUUCCCCAAGACGUGGGUGGCGAAUUUGUUCUACGACGCGUUGGUCAACUUUACCGUGAUGAAAACGGUGGGCAGUUCGGCGUGUCAAAAACAGACGCAAAUGUAUAUCAGACAUUUGGCCAACGACUCGUUGUGGGCAGUACAAAGUGAGUAAAAGAAUUAUAAAAUAUAAUAUAUCAAAUUUCAAACAAUAUCGUGAACUGUAAUAUGCAAACACGAGUUCUAUGUGUACCAACUACCUAGUUAAGACAUCGCGGAAGCGAAAAUUAUUGAAAUUUUCAACUGCAAAUUACUUAUAGUGCGCAAUUUUUUUUAAAGAUUAUCGAAAUAAUUAAUCGACAAAUUCAAAUUUACCACAUGUAAAUAUCACGUCUAAUGCACUUCACGUUCUACUCACUACUACUAUUACCACUAUUGCUUUUGAAAAAUGCAUACGUUUACAUUAAAUUAUUGUAUUCUUUUCAACAAGUAUAAUCGAAUAAAAUUAAACCGAAUGUGUAGGAUAAUAGUAAGUUAAUUUUAACAAUACACGAAAUAUGUUACUCGUCCAAGUUGAGUAUAAAUUAAUUUUACAAGUAUAUUAAAAAGAAAAGAAAAAAAUGUAGUUAAUAAGCUACAUUGAUUAUAUACCCAACAUACUUUUUUUUGAGCAUUAAAUCGUAUACAACUGAUUUUUAAAUUAUUUGAAGGAAUAUAAUAUUUAGUAUACCCACAGAGUUUUAAAUUUUAAUAGAAAAAAAAAAAAUGAUUGAGCAGAGUGUUCGAUUUAAAUAUUUUUUUUUGGUAUAUUUAAAUUGAACACUUUAUUAAUUUGUAACAACAAAAUAAACUACAAUUGUUCUUGUUUUUAACGAAUUCUAUCAGGAAUUUGACCUUAAAAUGAUUAUAGAAAUAAAUCAUCCCAAUAUACUACGCUAAACUUUUGUUUACCACUAAAUUACAAUUUCAGUGGCAACGUGGGAAUGGUUCUAUGAAUCCGAAGACGCGUAGGUUUUUUUUUUCAAUACGUGAUUUGAUGGUUUAUUCAGCUGGGUGCCCCGUAGUAGGUUAUUUCGUGGAUAUUUUGGUAAAAAUGAGUUGAUUUAAGCUUAAAUAGUUUAACAAAAAUCCUUAGUACUUUAAAAAGCUAGUUAAAUUAGGUGGAUUUAUUUAAUAAUAACAAAUUUCAAUAUAUUGGACAUUUUUCUAAAACCCAAAAAGUUGCAUUUGUAUAAAUUGAAAUAUAAUUGUAAAGUAUUUUUGAUUUUAAGAUUUUCGAUAAAAUUUAGUUCUCCCUUAGCGUUUAAGGAAAAGUUUAUGGCGAGACUUGCUAUCGAAAAUCACCUCUAAAUAUUUGAUGGUUGGAGCAAGAUUCUGCUAUCAAAAGGUAAUUUAAACUGCAGAGAGAAAAAAAAAACCAUUACGAUAAAACUAUAAUACCUCCUCGGAAUCUAAAAUAUUUAUAUCGAGUAAAACAUUUUAAUUUUAAUUUAUCCGUAACGCGAGCUAUGUCGAAUCUAGCACAUAAGAUACACAUAAGACCGAUGCAGCACUCAAAUACAUUAAAAAUAAUGACACAGUCAAAUUAAAUACUAUCGAAAUGCAAUUAUCGAAAUAAUGCCUCUACAUUAUAAUAUGUUACGUAUUUUUUGUUCCGAAAAAAUAUUAGAAGUAAACAACUGCGUAACGAAAUGUACUAAUAAUAUAAUGACGAUUGUAACUAUUCAAUUUUGAACCGGGUCCAGGCGCCGUAUCGUUUGUCGCGUACAAAAUCGCAUCAGAUCUUCAUUAGAAUAUAAUAUCAUAUCGUCUCGCCUAAUACCGACGCGAUGAAUUCAUAAUAAUAAUAAUAAUUGCCAUCAGCCGGAGACAAAAAUAAUGUACGUAUGAUAACGUUACUAUCGUGUGAAUAUUAUGCACAGUGUCCGAUUCUUGGAGCCGAUAUCCGAACGGCAUACUCGUCGGCACCACACACCAAAUGGGUGUUUACGAAGAGUGCGUCGAAGUUCACCGGCCGGUCCGAGGCAAGUAUUGCAUACCGGACGUCCAUCUCGGAACGGCGACCGGCGAAGAUUUCGGCAAACCCGACGGCGAACUGCCCGGAAACGAUCACGCGUGGCGCGAAAUUCUCGGGGUACGUAAGUAUAAUAGUAAAUAAUAGAUAAUAUUAUAUUGAGCCGUCUGCGUAUGGGUUACAUUUUUUUUUUUUUUGUGACAAAUUCGAAUUUUUCCUAAACUCAGGUACCUACUUACACGAAAUCGAAAAAAUAAUUUAUAAUCUUUAUGAAUAAAAAUCCAUCGGUCCAGCGCCCUCUCGACCCCUCUGGACGGCACUAUUAUUUAUCAUCGUUUCCUUACUUUGUGUGCCCUUCAUAUAGCUUAUAUUUCACAUUUUCCCUGCGUUCUACACAUCAGAUUCCUUCUCAAAUGACAAAAAAUAAAACGCAAUAUGAGCAAUAUUACUACAGUCAAGUUUUCCCUAGCCGACUUAAUGCUGAUACAAUAUUCAUGUUUAUUUUUUUUUCAUUUAGUGAAAUUUGCUCACUGGUGUUAAUAAUGUACUUAAUUAAAUUAAAUUUGUAUUUAUUUAUUCGUGAUUUGUAUUCACUUGAUACCCAUUAACCACGACUACCCCUCCACCCUCUCCCACUUCAUGGUCAAUUACCAACUCCUUUUUCUAGACAAACGAGUUAUCCCAUAACUUUUCGGUAAUGAUGGCGAAUUGAACAAACGGUGGGGUCGGGGGUUGGAAGUUCAAAACCUUUUAAAAGUACAUCCCCGACAAAAAUUCUAUUCAUUUUAAUCGAGUUACUUUUAUAAGUUUUAAAGGGUUUUUAAAAUCCGGCAUUACCUGUGAAAACAUUAAAUAUAAACAUAAAAACGGUUGGGGAGGGGGUUGAAAAGUAGAACCACCGAAAGACGCAUUGUUUGUACUUAUACCAUAUACAUAUAUACAACAUCAUUUCAUCCUUCUGGCUUGAUUUGGGGAAUUGCAGUAGGGGUGUACAAAGUUAAAAAAAAAACACCUUCUUCUCACAACAGGUUCAUAUUAAAAUUCAACCAAAAUGUUAUCGCUUCAAUCCGCCCAUAAAACAAUUAUUUCUCUAGUUUGAUGUCUUUUGGUCCACGGAAGCCCGCUAAUGUACCCGGGGGUGGGGGGAGUAUAAAAUAUUUAAACAGAUAUAUUAUAUCAAUAUAACAAUAUAUAAUAACAGUGCAGUAAUUUUUAUUAUCGCGGGAAAAUGUACAAAAAAAUACCGUUGAUUUGUAAUUCAGUUUGUAGAUAAUGAUAACCGAAUACACAGGGACAACGUGAAAUUCGGUAUUUGUAUACCCGACUCUUGCACCGCUGCCGAUCUCGAGAUUUCGUUGCAAAAGCAGUUCGACAAACAUUUUCUACCGCACCGAGUCAAAGCUCUGGUCCGAGUCCAAUCGAUAUUGUGUUCCACGGAUAAGGACGAGUAUCCGUACGACGCCGGAUUUUAUUUGACCAGGUGAUCACGUCUUCAUUUUAAUAUAUUUAUAUGUUUAUUUGAUGCGACAAAACCACGCGUGCACAAGUUGUUGUCAUUGAAAUUAACCCAAAUGAUGCAUACUCUCAGUGUAGGUUCCCGUAAAAUCUUAAUAAAAUAAUUAGGUUUUUUUGAAUUUGAAAUAUAUCUUAAUUCGUGUAAGUUUCAUGUAUGCGGGUACAAUAAAAUACUAUAUUUAGUGUUCACUACUAUUACAUAUUUUAAGUAUAAGCGGUACCUACGUGGAAAUAAGGAAUUAGGUAUAAUGUCUUGAUAAAAAUCAGUUACAGUUACCACAUAUCGGUAAAUAAUUGAAAUAAAUAUAAGAACUACAAAAUAUGAAACAACUAUAAAAUAACACGGUUGCAUAAAAAAAUGAAACAGUUUAAAGCGUGACACAUAUUGAAACAAUCGAAAAAUGGUAAACCUUGGUUAUUUCGAAUUUACAAAUAUAUAUAUUAUAAAACCAACGAUAUUAUAUCCACCUAAUCUCAAAUGGAAAAAACGCAAUACAAUAUUUAAUAUUGUAUUACGUUUUUAAUACACAUUAUUAUGGUCCUUGUAAAAAAGAAUAUAUUUAAUUUUUUAACAGAUAGAUAGCGCUGUAAUUAUGGUAGUUAUUAUACUGAUUCAAUUCGUGUUGUAGCAAGGGUUUAAUGAUCUCGCAGCUUUAUUGGCUUUUAAUAUGAUUAAUGCUCAUUAAAUAGCCGCAAAUAAUCGAAGGCACGGAUCCAAAUUAAAGUAUGAUCCAUUAACUCAAUGCGAUAAUCUAUUUUUGAAAAAUUAUAAAUUAACUUAAGAUUUAGUUAACGCAACAAAUAGCUAUAAAUAAAGUAGCUGGUUCAAUGCAUGACGUAAUUGUCAUACAUUGAACCAGAAAGAUUUUCAACUAUAACUAUCUCCGAAAGGGUAAUAAGUUAAAAAUAUAUUAUUGAUCAUUAAUUGAAAUUGGAUUCCGAGCGUAGCGGUUUUACAAUGGUGUUUGUUUCUUUGUUCUUUGUUCUAGACUGUGGACACGUUUUUUCCUAGUAAACUUCCCCCCGAUUUUUACGUGUAGUAACUUUUCUGAAAGUUCUAGUUAAUUAGAUGGUACUUUAAAGUGGCCAUUUUUUUGAUUUUCAACGCCAUUAUUUAAAUAAAAGCACUUAAAUGGGAAAAAACGUAGGAAAACGUAUUAUUCCACGAUUUCAUUAUUUUAUAAAAACACGGAUAACGUUUUCUACCAGAAAAAAUGAUUUAAUCGAAAAACCGCAAGACACCAUUUUUAUUGACAUUUUGAUUUAAUUUUUUGGGGUAUAAUUGCCAAAACUUUUGAACUUUUAAGGAAUUUCAAUUGUUGGGAGUUUUUUAUUCGGUUAUAAAUACACGUAGAGACUUAAAACUUGAUAAUAAUACUUAUUGGACUUACAUAGAGGUGGUAAAAUUUUCAAAAUUAUCGAAUUUCCUUUUUCUAAUUUUUUUACAAUACUUUAUUAAUUUGUUUUUAAUACAUUGUAAACUACUAUUAUCCUAGAAAACUUGCUUCGAUAUAUAAGUGUAGCACCUUUUCUGAAAGUCAAUUUUAUCUACUUGGUAAAUGUAUAGGUCAUUUUUUUAUUUUAAGAACGAUAUUUAAAAUAAAAAUGAUUAACCGGCAAAAAAAAUACGAAUUUUUCUUGAUUUCGUGAUUUUAAAUAAGAACCUACCACAUUUUCUAGCACAAAUAUGGUUCCAAUUGAAAAUCAACAAGAGAACUUUUUUGUUGAAUUAUUAAUCUUGUUUUUAAUGAUAUAGUUCUUUUUUUUGUAUUUUUGAAUUAGUUUUUAUACUAAUCGGGAAAAAACAUAGGAAAAACGUAUAAUUUUACGGUAUCAUUAUUUUAUAUUAGUACGGAAAACGUUUAUUAUUAGGAAAAGUGCUUUAAUCGAAAAAUGAUAAGAGACAUUUUUUGUUCCAUCUUGUAUCUUAUGGAAAAAGUCGUUUUUUGAUUUCAUAAUGAUUCGGAAAAACCAGAAGAAUACGAAGUUGUUGUAAUUCAGUUAAAAAUAUUUAUAGCGACUUGAAAAAUGGAGAGAAUGCCCACAUUUUGUAAUCAAAUUUAAAUGAAAAUCGCAAAAAAAAAUGAUGGCACUUCAAAUUAUGUAUUACCAAACUGCGCUCGGAGUCGUCUUUUGUUAGCAACGGUUUAUCGUUGAUAAACGUCAGAUAUAAAUGAAAUAACCUUAUGUAUCUUACCUUCCCAACUUCUCACCACAACAGUGGCCGCACCCAUUCCCAGUAUCAGCUUUUUUUUAUUAUUAAAAGUUUAUGUCUAAACUAAAAAGAUAAGUAAAAUACAUGUCCGGUUGUUGUUUUGAAUAGUGUAUUUUUUUUAUGUUUUCCAUUAUCAUUAUAUUAAUAGUAUAUAAAUAUUAUGAAAAAUGAAUUAAAUUAAAAUUAUAAAAACUAAUAGGUAACUACAAAACGUUGAUAAAAAAGAGACGGGUGGCGGUGGUGUUAUCACAAUUGUUAUCAUGGUAACAUUAGUUACCAAUAGCAUAUUAUAAUAUGUUCAUGCUUUAAAACGAUCAAAGAGUUUUGAAAACUGAAAAAUUAAUGUAACGUUUAAAUUUGAAUGUCCCAAUCCAUACACAAAAUUUUAUUAUUUUAUAAAUACAUUGUAACCAAAAACAAUUUAUUAGUCAUGUAGUGCUGCUCGAAUCGAAUAUAUUGGAAGAAUAGCACGUUUGUGAGCAAUAAAAUAUGUGUAACAAACGACGACUUUAAUUAUAUUACUUAAGAAAUAUAUUUUCUGUUUGUACAGGCAUACGUACUGGUGACUGGAUGGCUAUACACCUAUAUAGGUAUAAGCAAUUAAUAUGCGUACAGGGCCAAGGAAAAGAAGGGACGCCCGGCGUUGGAUGGGUAUCAUGGGGUGGAAAUUAUUAUUAUUAUGUUAUUAAAUUAUUCUUAAAUAUACUUACUAUAAAUUAAUUUACUUAGCCCGUAAAAUGAUUCUUCAUAAAAAUACGCAUGUAUUAAACUUUUUCAACGAGUGCGGUGACGCAUCGCGGAGUAAUGAUACAAAAUAUAAUUUAACACCCCCCCCCUCCCUUAUAUACGUACUUACCUUAUAUCAAAGGCCAACACUUGAUAAUAAUUUUAAUUCGUUUUUAAACUGUAUAUUUGACUUGAAUACGGCAUAUAGGUACGCUGCAACUUGUUAAAAUAUUUGUAUAGUGAUUUAAACUACCUUCAUAAAUAAUAUUACGUAAAACACGAAUUAUGUUGAUAAAGCACAACUAAGUUUGGUCUGAGUUUAGACAAUAUUGGUUAUAAUACAGUAUACAUACUUUAUAUGAAUAGGUACAUACUUAUAAUACUUUUAAUUCGAGUACCUACGUACAAUAUGCAUAUUCCUUUUCCGAACGUUUUAAUUUUUGCAAUAAUUAUGUUUAGGUAUACGGAUAUUUUCCACUAUACCUAUAUACAACCUACGCGUAUUAUUAUUAAGUUUGGGAUUAAAAUUAGUUUCGUAUAGUUGCACAUCAACUUAAUAAACUUUACCAGCAUACAUAAUUAUUGACGUAUACCUAUAUAAGGACGAGCAGUGAUCUGUAGUGAGUAGAGAGUUUUCAAAAUAUACGGCAAGUACCUGUAUAAGUUUAUUAAGUUACUCUCGUAUAUUAUCCAUAACAUAUUUUAUCAUAGGGGAAUUCUAACAAAACGUAAUAACAUUUGGGGUAGGCCUGUUCCAGUUCUCGGUCCUUCAGAUACCGAAAGAAACGAUAAUAUUAGCGGUUCUAGCAUGAUAUUUAUCGGUUUCGGUUCUUAUUAUUAUUAUUAUUUUUUUUUUUUAUGCGGUCUCGCUGGUUUUAAUCAUUCGUCGGUAUCGGUAUCGAGAACCGAAAGAACAAUUUUCUGAACCGGACAAUAACCGGUACCGAUGUUUUUCAGGAACCGGCACAUCCCUAAAUAAUAUGUUUGGUCCGAUAAUAUUAUUCACUACGCAAAUAAUUGUUCAACCAGUUAAUAUUUUACUUUAUUUUACUAUAUUGCUUUCACAAUAUGAUAUUUCGUUUUCAGCUCACUAGUCGGAUCGAUAUUUUUGUUUUGUUGUUUGUCGACGGCAUACCAUUUAAUCGUCAUCGUCCGGAGUAACAAUAACCGCGGUGAAAAGAGCUGUAAGUAAAAUGUAUUUUGUUUAACACGCCCAGUUAUAAAGUCGCCUGUCGUAUUAACACAAAAAUACAAUGUUAUAACGUUUUAAGUUAUUCAUCGGCACUUACUAGAAAAAAUUAUUUUUAUUUUCUCCGGGAACCGAAUGUAUUACGGACAGACAGGGUAUAGGAAUCGCUGAUAGUAAUAUGAUUACAACGUACACCGGAAUAGAAUAUUACUGCGGAACAGACACGGUUUUCUAUUUCAUUGUUAUCAUUUUUUUUUCCGGGCUUUCAGUAUUGUUCUUAAAACGAUGUGUGUUCAUCUCGAGAUCGUAGUGUACAGUUUUUUAUAUUUUUUUUUCUUGUUCUUCGAAAUUAGUUACGAUUGUUUAUUCAAUUUGGUAGGCGCCUAUUGUAUUCUGCGGGUGUACGUAGAUUAUUAAGAACGACAGUAGGGCGAUUUUUCCAGUAUCGGGGGAAAAUAUUAAAAAUCCAGUUACGCAUUAAAAGAAAUGUGUUGCCCGCUGGCUACAAGCGAGAACUGAACCAUCCCUUUUAAAUACACGUGUAGCCGGUUAAUUGUCAUUGUUGUUGUUAUUAUUGUAGACGUCCGCGACCACAAUGAGCUGUGCGGAGGAGUAUUUACACAUACAAUACCGUAAUGUUAAAAUACAUUGUCGUGCGUCAUCUUUGUGAUAUAAUAUUCGUUUGACGAUUAUUUUAUUGUCGGCAAUACAGGUAAUUAUUCCGUGUACGAAUGUUGUGCAAAACUUCCCUUUUGUUUGCGAUAAUUCAAUAUACAUGUUAUUAUUAUUAUUAUUAUUACCGUCGUACGUAUUAUACGACUGGAAUAAUAUGUGCUGAAAUUUUCGUACAAACUCCGUUAUUAUUAUUAUUAUUAUUAUGUGCGAUUGUUUGAUAAAAUAUCGUUUUUGUCCCGACAAUAUUAUAGUGGUUUUAUCGAAAUACGCGUACGUUUUUAAAUUUCCACAAAACAAUCUAUUAUAAUAUUGGUGCACUACGGAGUUAACGGCGCGUUCUAAAACCCCGUGUAAAUAAAAUUCUGACAAUGGUCCUAUUAAAUGUGGCGGACCGCGCGAAAAACGAUUUCUGCGAAUACUAACACAACGGUGCAUUGAGAAUUGCAUUCCGAAAAAAUUAACACAAUUCAGAACGUCCGAAUCGCAUGCCAUCUUGUACAGACGGUUCUGUCCGUAUUAUUGCAUUUCAGGUGUUACAGAAGUCUGUCCGAAUUGCGCACCACGUGUACAAAUUUGCUUAUCAUAACUUUAUUUUUUAUUUAAUUUUUGAAAAACAAAAAUAAUAACAACUAAAGAAAAUUGUCUAAAAAUAUCUAUUUUUAUUUAUUCAUAAAAAAAAAAACAAAAAACUAUAAAGUUUAUAUGCUAGUAUUUAUAGUUUAUAGAAGGAAAUUAUCUUAUAACAUAAAUCAAAAACGUAUCUCUUCAAGAACACUGCCAAACGACCCACUGUACCGUAUGUAAUAAACAAUAGACUAAUCGAAUUUUAACACAGACGUCUACGUGCAAACAAAUUUAAUAAUAAUUCCUGCCAUACGUCAUACCCUUGAGACAAUAGACACAAUUAUCUUAUAAUAUUAUUAUAAAGCAAUAUAAUAUUUGAAGCUUUCAAAUAUUAUUUUUCUGUUUUAAUCAAAGUAUUUACACUUGCAACCCAAAGAAGUUUCCACAAAAUUAAUUAUCUCAGCUUUUUUUUUUUUUUUUUUAACCAAUCGUAACAUUGCUGUGAAAAAUCAAAUUAAUAAUGCAAAGGUUAACGGGAAAAAGUUAUUAAAUUGAAUUAGGCCGUACUAUCUACUGUGUAUAUAAUAUUAAUCACAUUUUUCUUGGUAAAAAUUUAAAUCGUGUUUUUGUUUAGUAGUAAAGAAAAACAUUUUCCGUUUGUAUUAUAGAAUAAUAUGAUAUUUUUCACGUAAUCAAUUUUUUUAAUAUUUUUAAAUUUGGAAAGGUCGAAAAGCUCGUAGCUUAAGGAGUUUUUUUUGUGUGGAUGGGUAGUGGUUUUAAAUGAAUUUGGCUAAAGUUUAAUUUACACUAAAUCUCCGUGACUUGAAAAAAGUCAAUUUUUCAUGAACUUUAAUAGGUAUGUAAACAUAAAAUUGGCUUAUUAACUUUUAACAGUGUGGUAAAUUUAAUUUGUAAUUAUUAUAUCUAUCAAAUUAUAAUAGAAAAUAUGUAUGCCUAAAAAAUGUAUACAGAGUUAAAAAGACGUCUUAGGAUAAUGGAGACUAGUGCAGCUACUGCUAUAGGUAGUUUAAUGUAUACCUGUAAGCAACGAUAAACUAUUGCUUAUGAAAAAACGUUUCUGAGCGGAGUUCAGUUGAUAGUAAUGUUUUGUCAACAAUAUAAAUGCCAUAUUAUAGUAAAAUAAUUAAAUAGUCUCUAUAUAUUUUCUUUAAUAAUAUUUGUUUAUUGUUGCCCGAUUUACCCGCUUUUCCCGGUUUUUCAUAUUUGUUGAAAAAACUCCAGAGAAAAUUGAAAAACAACAUCUCUAAAGUAUCUCCCCAGUGAAAUUUCCUUUUAGAAAAAUUUCUAUCAUUAAAAGUUGGAAAAAAAUUGCUGACAAAAAAGUUAUCCACGGAAAAAAAAUAUCAUAAUAUUAUACAAAUAUAUUUCGUACAUUUUCCCGGUUUAUUUCAGUUUUUCACAUUUGAUGAGAAAACUCUUGAAAAAGUCGAAAAAUGACCUCUUUAAGGUAUCUCUUCCCACUGAUAUCCUUUCAGAAAAGGUGCUACACGUAAAAAUUGGAACAAGCCCUCUGGUAGGAAAGUUGUCCAUAGAAAAAAAAAAAUAAAUACUUAAAUAAAUAUCUUUGUAAAACCGUAAUCUAAAAUCUUUCAGGAGUGUAAUAAUACGAUAGUUCCCAUACGGGAUACAUGUAAUGGUUUCUUUAAGUUAUUUUUUUUUUUUUUUAAAUUAAACUUGUAUUUUCAUGUAUUCACUUUUUUGUCGAUUUUAAGUUCAUCGAAAGUGUUCAUAUCAUUAUUUAUGUUGUCGGCAUAAUCUGGUUUUUAACGAAUCCACCAUAUUCAUAAACUCGUAAGUAAAUAUUAGACAGGUAGUCUGUUAAAAAAAAAAAAUCAGAUCACAAAUGUGAAAAGGACGUCUGCAGACCAUGGUCGAUUAUUAGUAAAGAUAAAAUUUGUAUGCAGAUUUGUUAUCAGCUACAUACAAUAAGGUGUUUUUAAAAAAAAUGUAAAUUUGAAUAGGCCGCUUGUUGACUAUAAUAACCACAAUUGCGUUUUAAUUUAACCCUAAAAAUGCUGUUUAUUGUUGUUAUUAUCUGGUAUUCAGUCACCUCGCAACGGAACGGGAAAAUUCGGGCCUAUUGUGUACAUAGGUCCGCCACCCAGUUCAAUAACAAUGAUAACACCAAGUGUUAUGACAAUAUCUCUCGAGAACCGUCUGUUUCCGUCAAACGUUUUAACGACCGUUUCCGCUGCCGGACAUCGCUGGUUUUUUUUCCCCCUAUUGUGUAUCGGGAAUAAAGAUACGACUACUACUAUACCGACCACUAUUAUAGAUACUGCGCAGACUGUCCAUUAAUUUGUUGUCGUUGCCGUAUACAUUCCAUGUGUUUAUAGCGAUGGCGAUUAAUCGAUCACAUUGUCCUUUAAUUGUGUUGUUAUCCGUCCGCUUUUAUUUUUACUGCAGAUAAAAUGCCGGAAAUACUUAAUUCGUUCUCGAUAAUCCGCAACGGACGAGAUUUGAUCAAGUACGAUAAAAACAACGAGCUGAACAUUUUCAACGGGCUGAAAGUCAUAACAAUGGUGUUGGUGCUGUUCGGCCAUAAAUUUUUGUAUUUAAUAAUAAAUCCGAUCAUGUAUGGAAAAAUGUUGGAGAGGGUAAGUAUUACAUACGUGUAAACGCGGUUUUAAAAUUGAAUAAUAUUAAAUGUUAGUUUCAUCAUGAUUAAUAUUAUAAAAUAAUAAUCGUUCAUACGACAUUGUUUGAUUUUAUUAUCAUUAUUAUUAUUAUUUUUUUAUUACUAUUCAGGUUUACACGGUCGGACCGGAUUUCUUAUUGACGUGCUUAAAUUUGGUCGAUCCGUUUUUUUACAUAACCGGGUACCUGGUGUACGUCUUGUUGAUACGACAGUUCACUAAACCCGCGACUAAUUGGCAUCAGAUUCCUACUGUAAUCGCUUACAAAUAUUUGAGGUACCUACUACCUAUACGUAACAAUUUUUUUCAUAUACCACCUAUAUUAUAUCAUAUGAAAAAAAAAAAAAAACAAAUAACAUAAAAAAAUUCAAUUUUUUUUGUAGUAUGAAAAUGGUGCACAUCAGUGCACGUUAUUGUUAAAAUAAUUGUUUUUCGAUUUUUAAAGAAUUUUACCGUCGUACGUGGCCGUGAUGUUACUUACGGCUUUUGUCAUUCCGCAUUUGGGUGACGGACCGUUUUGGGCAUCCAGGAUAUGGCCGGAGGCUGAAAAUUGUAAAAAUUAUUGGUGGGCCAACUUGUUAGCGGUUAGCAACUUUAUCAAAGUCAAAAAUCAAGUAAAUAAAAUUAAAAGCCAUUUGAUUUUUUUAUUGUUAAUAAAUCAGUCGACUGUUGAUUUAUUUAAUUAUUAAACGGUUCCAUACUUUAUGUUCACAAUACUCUCAUCGGUAUACAUACGUAUAGUAAGUAAAAUUCGUCGGUCGAACGUACAAAAAAAAAAGGAAUACAACCUCACCAUCACUGUACAAUACUGUUACAAUGCAGUUGUCUUUUAUUAAAAAUAGGGAAAUUAUUUUGUAUUUCUUAAAAAAAAAAAAAAUUCCGACACGAUCACGAUGGCGUAAAAUCGUUGAAUCUCUAGUUUUUCUUCUUCUGGUUUUUCAAUUUUACGAUUGGUUAGUUGCAGCCCUUUUUUGCACGUUAUAUGUUUCUCUUUUAAAACUCAAAUCCUCCAACUCUCGAUAACUUUUUAUUCCCAUCAUGUCCUUAAGCCUUUGCGGUACAUAAUAUUCUAUCCAUGGUCUUCUUCAUCCAAUUUCACCUGUGAAACUUAAGUUGAAACUAAUGUGACUUAUUUUUGUUUAUAAUUUGCUAAAGUUCGUAAAAUCUGAAAUAUUAUUGUAAUUUUAUGUACAUUUAUGUAUACAAAUAGGAUUAUUAUAACUUACUACUGAGUACACAAUGUAUACUUAGUAUAAUACAUGCUUCGACGUUUGAAUAUUAUUAGGUAUUACAAAAACUUUUUAUAUACUUAGCUUAACAGCGCUCCGAUCAAAUUUAAAUAGAUUCUCGUGCUGAGUCGUGCCAAAAAAAAAAAAAUUCUCCUCUAGUACGUAAGUUGUUCGCGGAUAUUAGACUUCCUUGUAACGAAAUCCACAGUUCUUUUGCAUUCUAUAACGAUAUACUAUUAGCGUAUUCACGUUCGCUGUUUCACUGUAUAGUAAAAGUUUUUCAAUUUAUUCACUUGCAGCAAACACUAUCGCGUGUCUCCCCGGCAAAACGCUGGUACCUAUAUAUUAUUAUACGACAAUAAUUUAUAGUUUAAUAUAUUUUAAUACACUAUUAUUUUCGGUUCGAUUUUCUCUUGUAAUAAGAUUUAUGAUAAUUUCGUUACGGUGUUACAGUGUCUCAUCGCUGGCUGGUAUAUAUCGUGUCUCCUGCAGCUUCUCGUCAUCGGAAUUGUCGUGGUUUACGUUCGCGCUAAAAACCCGCGCGUCGGGAUCUGCGUAAUGGUUUUGCUUUUGUGUUCGUCGCUGAUCACACCGUUCGUCAUGACGUACAUAUACCAGGUUUACGGAAUAAUAAGAAUAAUGUUAUCGUGAGUAUUAUAGUUGCAGUAUAUAAACAAUAUUAUUAUGAUGGCGUUCGUAAAUCGUCGAAUACUGCGCGAUAUAAUACAAUAUUAUUAAAAAUUAUUAUAGUAUUGUGAAAUAGUUUUUUAGAAAGUCCCGACAAUUCGUUCGAAUUCAGUAACAUGUACCGGCCAUUUUAUUUGAGGGGCACGCCGUACUACGCCGGUCUGUUGGCCGGCGUAACGGUAGAAGAGCUGAAGAAACGAGCCGUAAAAUUCUCUCCGGUAUCGUAUAGUAAUCAAAUUUACCUAAUUUAGAUGGGGGCGUAAUUUCAAUAUUAGCUGAGGUAGGACACUAGGGCAUAAAAAUGGCCAAUAAAUAAAUAAUAAUUAAUUGUAUACAUUAUACAUUCAUAAAACCAAUGAACAAUUACGUUCAAAAUUAAAUUUGCAUUCACAUUUAUUUUAAAUUUAAACAAAAAAAUACGGACUUACUUCGUGUGAUGGAUGGGCCACUGUUGUAGGUGAGAAGUUUUUAGAAGAGAAUAGGAGAAUUUAAUGUUUUGAUUAAUUUUUGAUAAAUCGUUGCUAACUAAAAACGAUUCUGAGUGGAGUUCGGUUAUACCUUAUACAUUGUUUGAAAGGUUGUAAUAUUUACGAUUUUCGUCGAAAUUUGAUUCUAAAAUUCUUAAAAAAAAAAAAUAUUCUACAUUACACUGAAUUUUUAGAUUCUGAGUGGAGCGAGAAAUAUAUUAGUUUUACAAUGAUAUUUAAUUUUUUUUUACCUGUGAACAAUUUUUUUUACCAGCAAUUUUACUCCAAUUGACUAUGAGAGCACUUAUAACAAAGAAAAUUUGACCGAGGUGGUACUUUAAGGAGGUGACUUUUUGAUUUUCCCACGAGUUUUCCUAACAAAUAGAAAAAUCCGGGGGAAAAAAAUGUUUGUUGUGUCACGACCCGAAACGGCUCUUAGGCCGGUCCAGCUGCAGCCGGCCCAAAGCUACUUGAAAAUCUAUGGUUGGGUAAAAUGCAUACUUCUGUUCCCCUGCCCCCAAAUAACGCCCCUGUAUCUAAUUUAUAUUAUAUACUGAUAAAAAUGAUUGGUUUUUUUUCUCCUCUUUUAUUAAUAGCGUAUCGUCUAUGCCGGGACUAUUAUCAUCAGCGCGAUUUGCGUUUGGGUUCAAUUGUACGGAGCCGUGUUCUACGACGUAAACAGGCCGUACAGCGUACUCGAACAGUCGUUAUACGCGACUCUCAGUCACUGCACGUGGACCGUCAUACUAUUUUGGGUUACACUGUGUCAUUUCACUUCGGGCUACGGUACGUGGCGACCUGUCUAUAUAAUAAUAUGUAAACGAAUAAGAUAAUAAUGAUAAUAUUAUGUAAAUAACAAUUGUCAAUUAAUAUUAAAUCGUCAUCUGUUUUCACCGACCGGAUAUUUUAUAAUGCGGGGUGCAAUUUGUUUAGCACGCUCACCCCGUUUUUAUGACGUUUAAAUAAUAAUGGAUUUAUUGAAAUUCUGCCGGUUUUUUUUUAUUGGAAAAAUGUACACAUAAAGAUUAGGUGUAUUUUUAAUAUGGGCACUUGAAUACAUUUUUUUUCAAUACCAUUACAAGGGUAUCCGUGAUGAAAAUAUACCAUAAGCUUGUGUUUUUAAAUCUGAGAAUGCCGUUAAUAUAUUUCAUUAUCAUUAGCAUUUUCUAAAAUAUUUGAUGGGUCGAAGUUAAAAAUCAAAAUAUUAUAUCUAUAUAAUUAUAGAGAGGAAACGAUAGUCGAUAAUACAGAGAAUAGAGAUAAAUUAUAACAUUGAUCUGAAAUUGGUAGCACAAAUAAAAUACUGCUAUACCAAGCCCGAGUUUGAUACUUAAAAAUCACACUGAACAGUAAGUUCAUUUAGCUGUGAGUAUAUACUAGUAUACAAUUUCUGAAUUUAUAAAAACAUUUUGCACUCAGUCUGAACAAAUCACAAACGAAUCGGUUAGUUCACUGCGAUUUAGUUUAAAUAUACUUAAACUAAUAUAACAUUUUGAUUUACACGAAUUUCGAGCAGUUAUGCGUUUUGUUUACGUGUUUUAAUAUUAACAUAGGUCCAAUAGAAAAAUUGUUCAACAAUAGAUUAAUGGUGCCCUUGGGCAGGUUGUCCUACGCAGUUUAUCUUGUCAACAUCACUGUCAUGAUGAUGAUAGAGAGCAGACAAAGGGCUGCUGUGUACCCUUCAAAAGAGUUCUUGGUAAGUAAAUAUUGAUACUACCUACUUAAUAAUCGUGAUUUUAAUAUAGCGUUAAGAGUUUGAACCGAUGGGAUAAUUUGACAGAUUGUAUUAAAAUGUAAAUAAUAUAGAAUACGUAUUUAUUGUGCAGCAGCAAAAGACCCGAGUAAAACAUAAUCUACAGUAUAAAUCUCGAGUAUUUAAAAAAUCAAAAAAAAAAAUCAUAAAAACACGAGAAACAGAAUUGCACAUUUCGUAAUGCAAAGGUAUAAAGUAUAUGAGGGCCACUUUUUUCAUAAUUAUAAAUAUUAAAUUACAUAUAAUAUCAGGGAAAAGUACUGUAAGUUAAUGAAAUUGGUUACAAUAAUAAAAUUACAUUUACGUGUUUUUAUGAACAAUAUAUCUAUAUUGUUAAUUUAUUAACUUUAAAUAAAGUAAAAACAUUUAAGGCUUUAUGUACUCGGGUGGAAAAGAAUAACGUGAAGCCAUAUGAUUACACACUGAGAUCCAUUUAUCAUAACUAUUAAUUUUCUCGGGGGAUUUUAAGUGACAUUGAUUUGAUUUUUCAAUCAUUAUGAAAUAAUAUAAGCUUAUUUGAAGACAAUUUCAAUUUUUCACCCCAGUUUCUUAUACUUUAAGUAACUUUUUUUUUAAACCUCCCGAAAGCUUUUAUUGUAACGAUUAAAAUAAAGUAAUUAAUUAUAUAUAUACUUUAGAUUUUUAAAUAGUAAUCUCCUUACAAUUUAUAUAGAUUCGAAUAAAAAAUAGUUUUAAAACAUUUUGAUACAAAAUGGAUUUAUCCUUUAUAAGUUAUAAAAUAAACCAGUUUAAUUUUUAGACCGGAGGCAUAGAAAAAGGUUAUCAAUUUAUCUGCUUAAAAUUAUUAUGCGUUUUAUUACCCUUGUCAAUUUCUCCUGUCUAAAUUUUAAACUAAUAUAGAAUAAUAAGAGUAGGAGUAAAAAACUGAAAACAGUGUUGAAUUAAAGCUUAAACGAUUCCACAAUUGUCAAAACAAAUGAAUAGAAAUCAAAUUCUCUUAAAAUUCGCCGAGAAAAUCGUUUAUUCGUGAUAUAUAUAUCACGAAUAUUAUUAAAUCUCCAUAGUAGAUUUAAUAGAUAAUAACCAUUAUUACAGACCAGCUUAAAUACCCGUUAUUUCCCGGGCUCGAUCCUUUCAACAAUAGUUAUCAAUAUAAAAAGGAUUUGAUUUAAGGUGUCUCCCCUUUUUCACCUUUAUCACUAUUGCAGUUAAUCGCGACUGUUGUUCGGUAAAUUAUCAUUUGAAAAGGGUACUUCCACUGAGGAAGUACCCUUUUUAAUUUAUAACUUCAAAAAUUAUGGAUUUUCAUAUAAAUUAUUUUUUAUAAUAAUAUGAAAAAUAUAUUACUAUAUUUACACCUUUAGGAUAUACAUUUUCAAAAAUCCAUUCUUGGUGGAUGCCUACAGUAUAAAAGGUACCUACUGUUAGAGUUUCAAGUUUCUAACCCCAACGGUUUAGACUGUCAGCCUGGAUCAGUCAAUCAGUUUCUCCAUUUAAAUAAUAUAGAAUAGCAUUUGUUAAUUUAAUUUGCCGUUUAUAUAAUGAAAUCUGUAUUGGUUAUAAGUGUAUAACUUAUAAUAAUUAUAAUAUAAUAUAUCUAUAGACUAUACUUGUUUGCAGUAAUAAUACUCGUUCGUAUUAUUAUAUAUGUAUGCUUUUUUGUUUUUAUUAUUCUAAAUAUUAUUGCUAUCCAAACGUUUUUUGUCGUUUCAAAAUAAACCUAAUAUUAUUGUUUAUAUUUGCUGUUUAUUGUAAUUAUAUACUGUAUACGGAUUUUAAAGACUGACAAUAUAUUUUAAUAUAUGGCUUUUAGUUUAAGCCCGUCUCGCUUUGUUUGCUUAAGUGCAAGUCAAUGUUUUAUUAGUAUAUUAUAUUAUAAUACAUAUCAGAGCGAUGAUAAAUCAUCAUAACAUUCGAAAAAAAAACGUACCGAAUAUAGUAUAAUAAUAUGAUGAAUAGAGUUUGAUUCAUAAGAUUAUCUAUAGAGUAGUGAGGAACACGUACAAUAAAUCGAAAAGAAAAAAAACAAAUUGAUCAGAUACAUAUUAUAUAUUAGAUGUAAUGAAGAAUGAAUGUAUUCGUGUAAACCCCUGUGUCUUCAGAAUUCCGACAUUUGUUUAAAAAAAAAAUAUUAAUAACACAGAGUAAUUAAUCGAUUCCUAUUUUAAUUGGGUACCGUAUAAAAUAUCAACAAGGUUUAGAAAAAAAUGAUAAAAAGAACUAAUACAAUAUUGUAGACAAAAAAUAAUAAUGUUCGUUAAAAAGUGAUCAUCAAAACGUCUACAAUAUGUAGUAGUUAAACUAUAAGGAAUACACUAGCUCGAAAAUAUAGAAUACCUAUACAAAAACAAUGAAUUUAAAAAAAAAAAAACGUCCCAGGAUAAUAGAGACGGGUGCAGCCACUGUUAUAGGUAAUUUAAUGUAUAUCUGUAAACAAUGAUAAACCAUUACUAACGAAAAAACGAUGCUGAGUGCAGUUCAGUUAUACAUGUUUUGAAAGGCCAUAAGGAUGUACGAUUUUCUUCGAAAUUUGAUAUUAAAACUCUUAUAAAAAAAACCUGCAUUGUUCAAUUUUUUUUUCGACGACUAAGUACUAAAUUUUAACUGAUAUUCCUAUCAAAAAGUUCAAUUAGUACAGAGUCUAAAAAUUUUAUCCACAGAGUACUUAACAAAUAAAAAAUCUAUAAAAACCUAGCAAAAUUAAAAUAUAAACUAUAAAUGGCUCAAAAUGGCUUAAAUGUUUUUAUAAUUUUACCACGCCUGGAAAAAAACAAAUUAAAAUUUUGUGUUGAGAUAUCAAAUCUUAUCGAUUUAUAGAACACAAGUUGUAAAUACUUUAAAUAUGACAGAUAUAAAAUCGAAUUAUAAUAAUUUAGUGUAAUAUUAACAAAGAGAAAACCCUUGUGUAAAAAAAUAAUAAUAAUAAAUUCAGAGGUACGAGUUCUGAAAUUAAAAAUUAUAAACAUUUUUCAAAACUCUUCCACACUUGUGCGGGAAAUAACCGGCGAAAAAAAGGCUUUUGGAUUUUUCAGUAUAAAAUAUAAUAUUUCAGUCCUUAUGUAUAUAAUUAGGUUUAGGUAUUGUAAUAUUAUAUAGGUAUAUCUGCGAAAUAAAUAAUAAUAAUUAUCGCGUUUAAUUUAUAGUCGGAAAUCGAAUUGAUUUGAAGAAAAUUUGGAUGGUUUUUUUUUUUCAGAUCAACGGAUGGAUUUUCGGUGCGGUCAGAACCUAUUUGAUUGGCGGUUUAUUGUACUUAAUUGUCGAAGCGCCAUCAGGGCUGUUAAUCAAAACACUAUUGAACGAAAAGUAAGUGAUGCAGUUUAAUGAAUAAAUCUUCGGUAUGAUAUUGUAUAAAAAACAGAAACUUCGAUCAUUAUUAUAUUACGACGACAUAGGUUUUCCGGUUAUGCAGUUCGCAGGAAAUAUUCUGAAACCAACGACCGCGCAUCAUCGUCAGCUGCUGCGGCGGAAGCGAAGCCGAGGGAUGUCAACGGCGGCGUAAAAAUCGCCGAACAAAAAGAUUCAACGCGUCUGUAG